UCCGCCCAACAUUCGCUGUCAGUCUGUAACGUUAGAAAUCACACCUGUUUAACGUCCAUAGAAGCCCGACAAAGUGAACUAGUCCCGAGUGUUCAGCUUGUUUACAGGGUCUCAGUCAUCAUCAUGGCAUUAAGAAACGUGAGUCGUCUGCUUGUAAACAGCCAGAGAUGUGUCCUCUUUACAGCAUCCAGAUCACAGAAAACCGCCGCUUCUCCAUGGGAUGCAGAGAAGUCUGGAGAAAAGAAGCAGAUGAAAGCACCUAAAGUGCAGUUUAACUGGCGGGACGCUCUGGAUCUGGAGGGUCUUCUGACUGAGGAGGAGAUCAUGAUCCGGGACUCCUUUCGCACCUACUGUCUGGAAAAACUGAUGCCACGCAUUCUGAUGGCCAACAGAAAUGAAAUUUUUCACCGUGAGAUUGUGUCUGAGAUGGGGGAACUUGGCGUUUUGGGCCCAACCAUUAAAGGUUACGGCUGUGCUGGUACAAGUUAUGUGGCGUAUGGCCUCAUCGCUCGAGAAGUGGAGCGAGUCGACAGCGGAUAUCGCUCGGUCAUGAGUGUGCAGUCCUCCCUGGUCAUGCACCCUAUCAAUGCUUAUGGCACAGAGGAGCAGAAGCAGAAAUACCUGCCCAGACUGGCACGAGGAGAGAUUCUGGGUUGUUUUGGACUGACUGAGCCAAACCAUGGCAGUGACCCGGGCAGCAUGGAGACCAAGGCCAAGUACAACUCGUCCAGUCGCACUUUUACCCUCACCGGAUCCAAGACUUGGAUCACAAACUCUCCAGUGGCUGAUAUCUGUGUGGUUUGGGCCAAAUGUGAGGACGGGAAGGUUCGUGGCUUCAUCUUGGAGCGUGGCAUGAAGGGUCUGUCCACCCCCAAGAUUGAAGGCAAAUUCUCCCUGCGGGCUUCAGCCACUGGCAUGAUCAUUAUGGACGAGGUGGAAGUACCAGAGGAAAACCUGCUUCCCAAAGCUUCAGGACUAGCCGGCCCAUUCGGGUGUCUGAAUAAUGCUCGCUAUGGCAUUGCUUGGGGAGCUCUGGGAGCCGCUGAGUUCUGCUUCCACGCCGCAAGACAGUAUACACUGGACAGAAUCCAGUUUGGAGUUCCACUCGCCAGAAACCAGCUGAUGCAGAAAAAGAUGGCAGACAUGUUGACCGAGAUCACCCUCGGCCUGCAGUCGUGUCUGCAACUGGGCCGACUGAUUGAUGACAAAAAAGCGGCUCCGGAGAUGAUAUCGCUUCUAAAGAGAAACUCUUGCGGUAAAGCCCUGGACAUCGCUCGACAGGCCCGAGACAUGCUGGGGGGAAACGGCAUCGCAGACGAGUACCACAUCAUCCGUCACGUCAUGAACCUGGAGGCCGUUAACACUUAUGAAGGAACCCAUGACAUCCAUGCUCUGAUCCUGGGCAGAGCCAUCACUGGACUACAGUCCUUCACGGUGGACAAAUAAGCAGCUGCUGCUAUAACCCAUGUACUUCCAGAGUGCUUUAUUCAGUUUGCAUCAUUUACCAUCACAAAUUACUUGAAAGAUGAAAACAAACGGUUUAGAGCAGUAUUUUAGCUAAAGUAUGUCCUUUUUGAAUGUCUGUAAUUUAUGUAGUCAUGUAGUCAGAGAUCUAUUUUUCUAAGCCCUAACUAGAUCGCAACACUCAGAUUUGUAAAUAAAUACACCAAAGGUCACAUUAAUUAAAGUGCAUGUUUUUGUUUGUACAGUGGAGUUAAGGCUGCACGAUAUAUUAUUUCAGCAUUGAUGCUGUGAAA